AAUUCGGCAUAUCUGACGCACCCCUGGGGUUAUCGUGUUGUGGUCUUAGGCGUUUGUUAAUACUAAAUGUUUUCUUAAAAUUCAUUCGUUAUUUUUGUAAAAUGCCAAUUGUACUCGGCGGAGGACUAAGUGGACUAUCAGCCGCUUAUUAUCUUUCAAAACGUUACAUUCAGCCGGUGACGGUGGUGGAAGCCUCGAAACGAUUAGGCGGUUGGGUGAAGUCGGAGCCGGAUCCCGAAAAAGGGUUCAUUUUCGAAGCAGGACCGCGAACAAUCAGACCAAAAGGGCCGGCUGCUGCAAACACACUAGAACUAUUGGAAGAUCUCGGUCUAGAGAAUGAAAUUCAACCAAUAUACCCACAUCAUCCGGCGGCAAGAGUACGGAUGAUCUACGCAAGGAAUAGAUUGCAUGUCCUUCCUUCUAGUUUAGGAGGAGUUAUGAAGCAAACAUCUCUAUUCAAAGAACCUUUAAUAAACAGCGUAUUCCAUGAUUUAAAGGCUCCGCGAUCUUCACAACUUCUGGAUGAUGAGCCGAUAUACGAUUUCGUGUCGAGACGUUUUGGAAACGACGUCGCACAAUACGCAAUCAGUCCAAUGAUUUGCGGAAUCUGCGCUGGUGACGCAAAAGAAAUCAGCGUUCGAUUUCUGAUGAAUGAUCUUUUCGAAAAAGAGCAAAAAUACGGAGGCGUAAUCAAAGGUAUGUUACUGGGAUCACUAUUCGGAAAACGGAAAUCUCCAGAUGAAAGCCUUAAAAAGGCGCAAAAUAGCAACUUGGCAAAACGGGCAAAGGAAGAAGGCUGGAGCAUAUAUUCCUUAAAGGGAGGACUUGAGCAGUUUCCCCGCGCACUUGCCGGAAAGCUAGUGGAAAACAACGUUGAAAUCAAGACAAACGCGGAGUGCAAAAAGCUGAAGUUUUACAAUGAUCGUGCUGUCGUGAACAUCAGCGGCAAUGAACAUGAAACAGAUCAUGUUAUAAGUGCCUUGCCGAGCCACAAACUGGCGAAUCUUGUUCAACAAGAGCAUCCAUCCCUGGCAUGCAUGCUACGGAGCAUCCCCUACGUGACUGUGGCAGUUGUUAAUGUACAAUAUGACCUGUGCGAUCUUCUCGAAGAUGAGGCGUUUGGCUUUCUUGUGCCGCCCAGUGAAAACCUUCCAAUUUUAGGAGUAAUUUUUGAUAGUUGCUGUUUCAAUAUGAAUCGGAAAACUGUCCUGACCGUGAUGAUGGGCGGCCGGUGGUUCCAUGAACAUUUCGGAUUGAAGCCGUCAACAAAAGACAUUCUUAAGACAGCUUUGAAGCAUUUGAAAAACAUUUUAAAAAUCGAGGAGACUCCUUCGAAAACCGCUGUGCGGAUCCUGGAAGACUGCAUUCCACAGUACACGGUUGGGCAUACUGCUCGGGUGGAGAACAUCCGGAACUAUAUUGAACGGAAUGGAUUGCCUUUAGCCGUUUGUGGGGCAGCUUACGACGGAGUUGGAGUUAAUGAUGUGAUAUUGUCUGCAAGGCGGACGGUAGAGUCACUUACACAAUGUUAACGUGGAAUUUGUAAGGACGAAAAUUACAUAUUAGACUAGACUGAUUUAUUAUUUAUAAUGAUUUUGUAAAGAAUUUAUAUGUGGCAUAGGUAACCAAUUAAAAAAACUGUUAAACCAUU